UCUUCCCCCCCGCCCCCCCCUCACAGCCUAAUCUAAUCGUCAUUUCUGAGGCUUACUCACAUCAUCAAUAAACGAUUCUAAAGAAAUAGUCAAAUUCAUGAGAUAAUAUCCAUCAACCUUUAAAGAAAAAGCAAAAAAAAAAAUAAGGCUGUCUCUCAUUUGUGUCUGAAGCUUCCCUGCGAUCAACUUGGACAGGAUAUCUAACCAAAAAGUCAAAAUUUUCAGAAACGAAAAAGGUACCCAAGAGGUUCAAGAUCGGAGGCCAAAUUGAAUUCUUUUUUCCUCCCUGGAGGUAUUUAGAAUCAGAAGAAAUUAUUUUUUUGAAAAAAAAAGUGAGCUUCAUCUCUGAUCUUUAUAUUCAAUGGAUUCCGACUUCUGGACCUCUCGCCUCGCCGCCGCCAAGCGCCAAUACGCGCUCCAGCACCACCAUCAGAGUUCCCACUUAGAUCGGUCGAGCAUCGAUGAGUUUGAGGUAGAUGACGAGGUCCGACCCGAUUUCCCAUGCCCGUAUUGCUACGAGGACUUCGACAUCGUGUCUCUGUGCUCGCAUCUCGAAGACGAACACUCGUUCGAGUCCAAAGUCACCGUUUGUCCUAUUUGCUCUGUUAAAGUUGUGCAGGACAUGUUAAGCCAUAUCACCCUGCAACAUGGACAUUUGUUCAAGUUGCAGAGACGUCGCAGGUUACGCAGAGUAGCAAUUCCUAACAGUCAGGCGCUGUCUCUACUGGGUCGGGAUCUUCGCGAGGCUCAUCUGCAAGUGCUUCUAGGAGGUGGUGGAAACCGGUCAAACAGUGUUAACAUGUCUACUGCAGCUACUGAUCCAUUCUUAUCAUCGCUCAUUUUGAAUUUUCCUGCAUCUGAAGCGGAAGAAAUAUCAAAAUCUGUGGCUGCCAGUGCUGAGGACGCUUCUACAAAAAAUGAGGCACCAGCACAUAUCUGGAAAUCAAGUUUUGACCCUUCUUUGAGCUAUGAAGAGCGGGAAAAAAGGAUGCGACAAGCUGCUGGGAGAUCUGGUUUCUUGCAAGAUGUCCUUUUCUCAAUUCUAUUAGGUGAUUAAUAGAAGCAGUAAGUUGCAUUAUGAAUAAUUGAAUGCUGAGUUAUUUAAAAGUCAUGAUAAAGGGGUAUCUUUGGGUGGGAUGCUUGUAGUUUACAUUGUCUUGGCAAGGCAAUCCGUGCCUCAUAUGAAUAUCGAAGCAGCACUAUGAGUGCCUGAUGAUUGUAUCCCA